AUGGCGGGGAGCUCCUCCUUCAGGGUGCCCGCUUGGGCGGUGGCGCUGGUUCGGAGGCUGUGCACGGCGGCGGAGUCGUCCGCGGUAACAGGUGGGUCGGCAGGGUUGGCUGGCCCAGGGCUUGCGAAGCCGCUGUACCGGCGGCUGUCGGCCUUGGGAGGCGCCCCACAGGGGAGCGUGGCGAUGGCCAUGGACGAGUGGCUCCAGGAGGGAAAGCGAGUCAGGCCCAUCGAAGUCAUGAAGUACGUCAAGGAGCUCCGCAAGUACAAGCGCUUCAGCCAAGCCCUGGAGGUCCUCUCUCCCCUCCCCCCAACCCCUUUCUCUUGCUCGGAACCCAUUCUCGUAAUCUGCUGCAGGCUCUUCUGGUAGAAAUUUCCAUUGUGGUUCUCCAUUCUAUGACUAUUCUUGAGCACGUUCUCCGUUGCUUAAGGUCAUGCCCAUUUUAGCAAGGUUUACUUCCGAUGGGGUGGUCAUAACCUUGACCAGUGAUGUAAAGACGAUAGGAGAAGAUCAUAUAGAAACAGAGGGGGGAUUUCACCUUGAGGCAGAGCGACUGUGGGUAAGUGGGUAAGUAAAGGGAGGCGAUAUGAGAGGAUAUAUGGAGAGAAAUGGAGGAGAUGACAUGGAGAGAGGGGACUGUGAAGAGCAGAAAGAUUGGGUUGGAGAGGAUAAUGUCUUAAACAGUAACCGAUCAAAUUAUUAUAACAGAGGCAGAGGCAGAGGCAGAGGCAGAGGCAUUCAUUGCUACUUUUUUUUUCUGUGGGUAUGCUCGCAUUUGACUCCAAGAUCUUCCUCUCCCUGCAGCUGAUGAAGUGGAUGGACAGUAAAGGCAUUCGAAUGACGCAGAGCAACCAUGCAAUACGCAUAGAUUUGCUGUCAAAAACAGAAGGGAUAGAUUCAGCAGAGGUGUACUUCUCCAAUUUACCUGAAGCGGCAAAGGACUGCUUCACCUAUGGCGCCCUCUUGAACUGCUACUGCAGGGAGAAAAUGGCAGGUAAAGCAACGGAGUUGUAUGAGAAGAUGAAGAUGCUGAGCUAUGACUCUACCACUUUAGUCUACAACAACCUCGCUAGCCUUUACAUGAAGCUGCAGCAGCCUGAGAAGAUACCCCCACUUAUAGAACAAAUGAGAGCCAAGAACAUCUCACUUGAUACCUUCACUCACUGCAUCUUGAUGAACAGCUACGCCCAUCUUGGGGACAUUGAUGCUGUGGAACGGGUGGUUUCUGAAAUGGAGGACAGAGGUGAAGGAACAAUGCCGUGGCCCGUUUACAGCAACUUGGCUUCCAUUUAUAUUUCAGCCGGCCUGACUCAGAGGGCUGAGUCGGCCUUGAAGAUGCUGGAGAUGGCCGUUGACCGAAAGGACAGAGAUUCCUUCCAUUUCCUCAUCACUCUGCAUGCUCGAAUGAGAAACCUGUCAGAGGUCAACAGGGUUUGGAGAUCUAUGAAGGGUAUCUUCCCAAAGAUCACAAAUUUAAGCUAUCUUGUUGUGCUCCAGGCUCUGGAUCAGCUCGAUGAUCUCAGUUCCAUUGAACAGUGCUACGAGGAGUGGGAAGCCCUUCACAUACACCAUGAUAUAAGGUUGACGAAUGUGGUAAUUGGCGCAUAUCUUAGGAAGAACAUGAUUGAUGAAGCGUUGACCCUCUGGGAGACUGCCUCAAAGAAAGGCUCGGAGUCCAAUUUCCGGACCUUCGACAUGUUUAUUGACUACUAUUUGGGGAAUAACGAGGUGGAGCAAGCUUUGAGGUGUGUGUUCACCGCAGCUUCAAAGGGUAAAAAGGAGGAGUGGAAGAUGGACGAGGAGAGGGUGGGCAUCUUCCUGAGAUACUUCGAGGAGCAGAAGGAUAUGGAAGGAGCCAAAGCAUUCCGUGAGGCUUUGAAGAAGCUUAAGUGCAGUUGCCUCUGA